AUGGACGACGAGUUCCUCUCCAACCUUCCUCCAGAGGGUCUGAGCCCCAACUCCACCGAAGAGCCCGGCUGGUGGGCAUCCUCCGACAGCGCGGAGACGGUGCACUUCGUCGUGCGCUGCGUCAUGACCUCCGUGUACAUUCUGAUCAUCAUCGUGGGUCUGCUGGGCAACAUCACCCUGGUGAAAAUCUUCAUCACCAACAGCGCCAUGCGGAGCGUGCCCAACAUCUUCAUCUCCAGCCUGGCGGCGGGGGACCUGCUGCUGCUCGUCACCUGCGUGCCCGUGGACGCCUUCCGCUACUUCUCCGAGGAGUGGGUGUUCGGAGAGGCGGCGUGCAAACUCAUCCCGGUCAUUCAGCUCACCUCGGUCGGAGUGUCCGUGUUCACGCUCACGGCGCUCAGCGCUGACAGGUAUAAGGCCAUAGUGAACCCGAUGGACAUCCAGACGUCCAGCGCUGUCUUCUGGACGUGUCUGAAAGCUGUUUCCAUCUGGCUGCUGUCCGUCCUGCUGGCUAUUCCUGAGGCUAUUUUCUCCCAAGUCGUCACCAUGCAGGGUCACAGGGACAACACCAAUGUCACCUUUGUGAAUUGUGUGCCCUACCCGCUGUCCAAUCAGAUGCACCCUAAGAUCCACUCAGUGAUGAUCUUCCUGGUUUACUUCCUCAUCCCUCUUGCCAUCAUCUCGGUGUACUACUACCACAUCGCCCGAACGCUCAUCAAGAGCGCCCACGACAUGCCAGGGGAAGUCAGCGAGCACACCAAGAGACAGAUGGAGACGAGGAAGCGUCUGGCCAAGAUCGUGCUGGUUUUCGUGGGCCUGUUCGCCCUGUGCUGGUUCCCGAACCACGUCCUCUACAUGUACCGCUCCUUCCACUACCACCAGAUGGAUCUGUCGCUCGCCCACCUCGUCAUCACUCUUCUGGCUCGGGUCCUCAGCUUCUCCUCCUCCUGCGUCAACCCCUUCGCCCUCUACCUGCUCAGUGAGAGUUUCCGCAGACACUUCAACAGUCAGCUGCGAUGUGGUCGAGGUCCUCGCCCUGAGCGCCAAGCAAGCUACCUGCACAGCACCUCCCACAUCCGUCUCACCUCCAUCAAGAAGAACACACCCACUGCUGCCCUCGCUCCAGCAGCCAACGGCAACCCCAACAGACAAGAAGUGGCUCUGUGA